CUCAUGGUCCACUCUCUAAUCCAUGGAACAAAACAUAACAAGCUAAGAAACGUGUAGUCCUCUCGUAUAUAUAUUCUGCGGGCAAACAUUACCACAAGGUGGGGAGUGUGUCCUACCUUCGCAAUUGUAUAUGAGAAGGCGCACGUGAUACCGCAUCCAUUGUCGAUCCAGCGCGCGACCCUGUUCCAAAAUUUGGCAACAUCCAAUCUCGCGCGUCCGCCGUUCAAAGUCGUUUUUGUGAAUUUUGGAUCUUACGUAGCUGCGCAAAUCGGAAGACCAUCAGUCGAAUAGGAAACAUGGACAGGGACAGGAGACCACGCGACAUUCCGCCAGAGGACCAAUUUGGCAAUGGUCGAGGCCAGUCAUAUCGCCCUGGUAAGGGUCGCGAGCGUACACCGCCGCGCAUGGAUAGCUACCGUGGUCGCUCCCCAUUGCCUCCAAGAAGAUCGGACUACAUGGACUCGUAUCGCGGCCCUCGAAAUCGCAGCCGGUCACCUCCUUUCGCCUUGCCCAUUCGGGAUGGAUUUCGACGUCGCUCGCCUUCGCCAAGAUUCCGGGAGCAUGAUCUACGAGGAGGAGAUGGUUAUAGAGCAGGUCCACCGAGAAGAGAGGAGCUACCAAGGGACGAUCUAUUUCGGCGGGAGCCUGUAAGAGAGCCCCGCGAAUUCCAGAGAGGCUUUCGGGAUGACAUACGAGAUCGAGGAUUUCAUCUGCCAAGUCGAUCGCCGAUCCCGCGGUUCAGGGACCGUAGCCCUCUAUCCUUAAACAAGAGAGGACGAGAGAUAUCGCCGAUUUCAAGUCGAGGCAGGAGAUCGCCGCCACCUGCAAGACGUGAACGGCUGGUAAGCCCACCUCGUCCGCGACAUGACGAGUUCCCACAAUCGAGAAUCGCAUCGCCGCCACCGCGGCGCCGAUUCUCCCCCCCUCCACGCGAACGACAUAUUUCGCCUCCGAGAAAUAUUGCUCGAGAUCUUCGGCCUCGUUCACCUUCACCGACGCCCAGGGUUGAUCGAACUGAUGUCCGUCCAACGGAGGAUAGACGAAGGCAUGUUUCGCCCCCGUUGCGAGAAUCUCGAUUGGACUAUCCAAUUCGGGAAGGAUCUGGAUAUAAUUCUACGACGACUUCACGGCGCUCCUCACCUCCCAUACACCCCAGUCGAGCAGGGCUUCAACACGUGGUAAACGAGGAACGCGUUCUGCCCAGCAAAGGUUCGCCUCGGAGAGAUAUACAUGAAAUCAGACCAAUGGCCCAAUCUGUACCAACAGAGCCGAGAAAGCAAAUGAAUGAAACUCAGCACCACGAAACACAAAAUCAACAGCAGAUCCAACGACUCUCAUCUCUCGCUCCACAGGCACAGGCUCAUCCACAACGAAUGGCACAAUCGAAUCAACAAGAGCGAGAUCGAGACCCAGUACGAAAACAGGACUCAGCCGAGCCAAGUGCUGCAGGCGCUGACCUAUCCUCGUCUAUUCCCGAAUCUCGACGCCCGGAAGAAGCCCCAUCCGUGACUCCGCGUGCGCCCCCGACUGGUCCAGCAGGACAACGUCAUCCCCCAGCGUCUGCAAAUCCACCCACGGGUCCCUCUGCUGGAGCUUCUUCGAGGUCGUCAGCUGUACCACCCUCAGGACCACGUGGGACACCAUCUGCAAGAGGAGAUUAUUCAUCACGAGGUCGUGGUGGGUUUGGCGCAGAAUAUACGCCGAGAGGUCGCGGAAGCAGUUUUGGACUGUCCUAUCGCGGAGGGCGAGGAGGGACUCCCCCGACUUCGAAUUUUGGACGAGGUGAUAAAUUCCAACCUGAACCGGCGCCAUUCGGACGUGGCGCCGCGCCGCCCUUGGGGCCACGUGCAACUUCGAUUCCCUCGGGACCAGCCGCGUCAUUUCGCCAAAGCGUGGGAGCGGCAUCGUCUCCUUUUACGAGAUCGCAGCGAUUCGGCCCUAAUGGAGAGCCAAUCGCCGAGCCAACCAGCACUGGUCCGCCGACAGGGCCGAAGGCGACACGACGCAUCGUCGAGCCAGCGGCGACAGGGCCUCAUAGCCUUAUCAAUCGCCCCCAUCCCGCGCUUGUCGACUUGCCGCAGAUCGUCGAGGGCGGCAAGAAGCUUGAACCCCUCGUUGAUCGUACCAAAGUUGUUGCGUUGGAGGAGGAGGCUGAAAAGCUUCGCCGCCAGCUCGGCGAGAAGGAGAUCAGGAACAGGAAAUCGCUCCGCGAAUGGGAUCGACUGACACGCGAGACAGAGCUUGCUGCGCUACGGAGCGAAUUGGCCGACAAUUCGCUUCGGCAGCUCAAUGGAGAGGUGGAGAUGCAGGCUGCAUUCUAG